AUGUUGGCACUAACAACGAGUUCCCCACCAAGCCCUUCUCCAACCAGGUGGUUCAAAGCCCUGCGCAGGACAAGAGCAGGGGACGUUUGUCUGAAAAGUUGAGCAACAGCAUGCUCAGAAUUCCUGAAGAGAGCCAGAGCUGCCUUCCAGGUUGGCCGGACAGUCCAGGACAGAUUCAGACAGGCCCAGUUGGAGAUUUUGGUCCAUAUGCUCAUAGAAUGGGAAGUGCAUAAGGUUGGGAAAUAAGUACAUGCCAAAAACUUUGAAAUUUCAGAGCUGAUGAUAGUGAAAAAUUAGGUUCUGCAUGCCAUCAGCAACUUGAAGAAAUGGAUGGAACUCCAGCGGAUGGAACUCCAGUGCAUGGAACACAACUGGGCCACAGCAUUUGGUGAAUGCUUGGUGGUUAAUGAGCUGCUGGGUGUGGUAUUGAUUAUUGGAAAAAGGACUAGCCCUCUUCAACUGAGUCUAAUACCUCUAGUGGGUGCCAUUGCAGCUGGUAACGAUGUGAUUAUCAACCCAUCAGAAACCUGCACUCAUACAGCUGAACUUUUGCAAAGACUAAUACCAGCCUGGACAAUGUGAGAGUGCUUCCACUCUGUUGUAGCAGCAACACAUGAAAUUCCAGAAAUGGACAACCUCAAAUUUGACCAUGUUUUCUUCUCUGGAUCACAGAAAGGAACCCUUGGACUAGGAAAAUUCUUGUGAGAUAAAGAGGAUGGGAUUAAGGUAGCUCAGGCUGCAGCUCGCACUCUGGCUUGUGUGUAUUGAGUGGCAAGGACCCUUGUUUAUGCGGACAAUCAGUGUGACAUCAACACCACAGCUUGUCACAUUACAUGGACACAAUUUCAUAAUGCUGGCCAAAGUGCUGUGGCACCAGACUACAUCCUGUGCCAUUCAGAAGCCAAAGAAAAUGUCUUCCAGGCCCUGCGCUGUGCUCUCCAGCAGUUCUGUGGUGCUGAGCCACGGGAGUCCAGGAGCAUUGGCAGGAUAGUGAAUGAGGAGAGCUUCAACAAGGCCAAAGAUCAGUUGUGACGAUCAGGAAAGGUGAUGAUGGGAGGACAGGUGAAUGAGAUUGAGCGGUAUAUUGGUGAGUGGAAGCAGUGUGUCGUUUUCACAUUCUAG